UCCAACGGUACGUCUCAACACUUCCCGCCAACACUAACUUCCUUAUUCGGUAGACCCCACAACAUCUUCCAUUUUUAGCAAUUUUUAAAUAUUUUUCUUCUUCAAUCAUUCAUAUAUUUAUUUAAUAUCUAUUUGAUAUUUCUUCAUAUUUCUAUUUUCUUCAAAUUCAUCCCCAAAUCCAAAAAAAAAUAAAUAAAUAAAAUUGAAAUGGGUUUUGCAGUAAUCACUUCAUCAACUUCCUUACAUCCGAAUUUCUCAACACCCAUAAUUAAAAAAACGCAAUACCCAAUUAAAAUCACGAAACGUUUCGGUAACUUAUCUCGCUCUCGAAUCGUUUCGUUGAGCUCAACUUCUCCAGCUUCGCCUCCAUCUCCUAGUGAAUCGACUGUCGGAAAUUCCCCCAAUUUACAAAACCCUAAUUUUAGUAACUCUGCUAUUGUUAACCCUAAUGGAAACCCUUUUGUUAAAUUUGUUAAAUCCGCUGAGUCUACUAUUGAAAGGGUUAUAUUCGAUUUCCGAUUCUUGGCACUUCUUGCUAUUGCAGGAUCACUAGCUGGUUCAGUCCUAUGUUUCAUGAAUGGUUGUGUUUAUGUUUGGGAAGCAUAUAAAGUUUAUUGGUCAUCCUGUCUCAAAGGAGUUCACACUGGAAAUAUGGUUCUCCGAUUGGUUGAAGCUAUUGAUGUGUACCUAGCUGGAACUGUUAUGUUGGUGUUUGCUAUGGGCUUAUACGGAUUAUUCAUCAGUAAUUCCUCUUCCGAUCUGCCUCCUGAUGCUGAUCGGGCUCUGAAUGGCUCUUCUUUGUUUGGAAUGUUCGCUCUGAAGGAGAGACCUCGGUGGAUGAAAAUUAGCUCCCUUGAUGAACUGAAAACGAAAGUUGGACACGUUAUUGUGAUGAUUCUCAUUGUAAAGAUGUUUGAAAAGAGCAAGAUGGUGACAAUAGCCACCGGCUUGGAUCUGUUGACUUAUGCUGUCUGUAUUUUCCUGUCGUCUGCUUCGUUGUACAUCCUUCACAACCUGCACAAGCCUGAUGAACAUGGCCAUGAUAUCCCUGCUUAACAGAUGAAAUUGCUCGAGGUACUGUUAUUCAACUUGUGAGAUCAAAAAAAAAGGAAAAGAAAAACGAGAGAUGCGUUUGCCGGGAGUCGAACCCGGGUCUAUUGCUUGGAAGGCAAUUAUCCUAACCGUUGGACUACAAACGCUUUUUGUAUACUCCAUAGUCUGUACUUUUAUCAUUCUAUGUUUCAUAACACGUUACAUAUUUGUAUCUUACCUACCUUGAAAUGGAAUUACGGAGUAAUAGAAAUGCCAAACUUAUUGUUCAGAACUUCAAA